CCAUGCCAAAAGAUACUGAGGAGCUCUAAAAAAUAAAAAUUCCUCAGUUUCUUGAUCGUUUUCACAAUUCUGAAAAGUGAUCAAUCCGUCGGGAGGCAAGAAGUCCGGUCAACGGCGGAAAUUCCACGCCAACGGAAAAAAGAUCCGACCUUUGGUAUUCUAAAGUUCUACACAAAAAGAGAUAGAAGACCAGACUUACAUAGCGGAAUUCUUGAGCUGUGUACCUUUGCUACAGAAAUUGCCCAGAAAUUCUGUCCAGAAAAUCGCACAGCUAGUUGAAGUCAAGAAUUAUGGUAAAUUUUUACUUCCCCUCUGUAUAUUUCUUGGUUUUUACCAUUUUGUAUAUGUUCCAUUAUAUUUGUAUCAUGUCACAUUUGUGUGGUUCAUAUUCAUAUUUACUUUUUAGCAUCAAUAUGAAUCAUAGAUUCUCAAUUUUUUAAAUUUUCAUAUCACCCCUCAUUCGUGUAAUAUUUGUGUGGUUCAUAUUCAUAUUUACAUCCUCUUUCUGAGCUUUGGUAGAUUAUAGUAAUGUCUUUGAUCAGCAAGGGAAUUGUUCUGCACUCUACAAGAAUUUUUUUACCCCACAUCCCUACUGUUUUAAGAUUUUAUUGGGUUGUUGUUGUUGUACUCAUAGUGGAUGUAUGAUAUUCUUGUGCCUACGGGGUGAUUAUGUUCUGCGCGAAGGGGAAGCCGGGGAUGGAAUUCACUUCAUUUGGGACGGUGUGGCUGAAGUCUCCGGCCAUGUCGAGGAAGACAACCCUACAAAAUAUCAAUUAAAAAAAUAUGAUUAUUUUGGUCACGGCCUCACAUCAUCUAGCCAGCAUGCCGGUGUGGUCGCUCUCACUAAACUAACCUGCUUGUUGCUGCGCCAUGAACAUUGUAACCUGCUACAACCCAUAUCAAUAUGGAAUGCAGACAAAGCAGUGGAGAAAUGCUCCCUAGUGGAGCACAUUAUGCAUUUGGAACCAUUAGAAGUGGAUAUUUUCCAAGGGAUUACGUUGCCUGAUGCUCCAAAAUUUGGCAAAGUAUUUGGAGGCCAAUUUGUAGGACAGGCAUUAGCAGCAGCCACAAAAACUGUCAAUUGUCUCAAGAUUGUUCAUAGCAUUCAUGCCCACUUCCAUCUCGGUGGGGAUGUUGAUAUACCAAUAAUGUAUCAAGUACAUCGUGUGCGUGAUGGGAAGAGCUUUGCAACAAGGAGGGUAGAUGCAAUCCAGAAACAGAAGGUUGUAUUUACUUUAGUUGCUUCGUUUCAGAAAGACGAAGAGGGAUUUGACCACCAGGAUGCAUUAAUGCCUAUAGUGCCGGAUCCAGAAACGCUUCUGUCAUUGGAAGAGUUACGUGAAAGGCGGCUCACUGAUCCUCGUCUUCCCGGGCCCUAUAGGAACACUUUAGCUACUGCUGAAUUUGUUCCAUGGCCAAUAGAGAUAAGGUUUUGUGAUCCUAAUGUAACCAGCCAGACUAAGAGCCCUCCAAGUUUGAGGUUCUGGUUUAGAGCAAAGGGAAAUCUUUCUGAUGAUCAAGCUUUGCACCGAUGUGUUGUGGCAUUUGCGUCGGAUCUUAUCUUUGGUGAAGUAGGCAAUAAUCCUCAUCGCAAGAGAAGGCUGAAUAUUGCGACUAUUAGCCUCGAUCACGCGAUGUGGUUUCACAGGCCUCUUCGGGCUGAUGACUGGAUAUUGUUCGUGAUUGGGAGUCCAUCGGCAUGCAAUGCGCGCAGUUUUGUUUCUGGGCAAAUGUAUGAUCGGACAGGAACGCUUGUGGUGUCACUCACGCAAGAGGCGUUGCAGCGAGUGGUCCCGCCUGCUCAAAAGCCGAUCGGACAGUCAAAUCUCUAACUCAUAUCAAUGGAAGUAUUUGGGGUCUCAUUCCAUCCAAAUCUCCAACUCAAAAAUCAUAUAAUGUGUACUUUCUUCUCUUGCCUUUGAUUUUUAGACUGCAUAUUAUCGUUUGGAGUGAUUUGGUUUUCUUGAAGACAUAUUACUAUGGUGAAAGCAGACUGAUUUUCCUUUUUUUUAAAAUAGAGUUAUUCUCGUUGU